AUGACUUCAGGAAAAAGCCAAGACUUGUAUCUUGACAAAUCUCUUAGGAAUUGGGUGCUUUUUUCUAUUUUUAUUGUUAUGAUUUUGAUUGGGAUUUUAAAACAUUAUAUUACUAUUUUAUUGGCAGAAACUCCAAGAAAAAUGAAGUUGAAAGAGAUAAGAGAAUUAAAAGCAUUACAAAGAUCUGAAAUAUUACGAGUUCAUGCCAAUCAUAUUCCUUUUUCUGCUUUUUAUACUCGAAAGUUAUUUUUACUUAAAGCUUUUUCUAAUGGAGAAUACUUAAAAGACCCUGGUCUUAGAGAAACACGUCUUAUGAAUCCAAUUAUGGACCCAGGAAACAUGGAUCAAAUGAUGAGAAUGUUUAGAAGCAAUAUGGCCAAUAUAAUUCCACAGACAAUUAUUAUGGCAUGGAUUAAUUUUUUCUUUAGUGGAUUUAUACUAAUAAAACUUCCGUUUCCUCUUACAUUAAGAUUUAAAUCAAUGUUACAGUCGGGUGUUGCUACAAAUGACCUUGAUGUAUCAUGGGUUUCGUCUUUAUCAUGGUAUUUUCUUCUCUUUUUUGGGUUAAAGCCUGUUUAUAAUCUUAUAUUGGGUGAUGAAAAUUUUGGAGUGAACGAAAUGACAGAAAUGGAUAUGCUGAUGCCAAAUACGACUGAACUAAAUACUCUUACACAAGAUUUGCAACAAUCAUCUCCUAUUGCCAGUGGAACAGAUCUUAAUAAAUUAUUUUCGCUAGAAGUUGAAAAUUUAGAACUAAUUACGCAUGAAUGGGUGUUAGAAAAUAUUGAAGAUAGAAUACUUAAGCUAUAUAAAAAUGACUAA